AUGCUCACAACGCUCUAUUCCGUCUCGCUAGAGUACUAUCGAGACCUCGGGAGGCAUUCGCGGAAGAAGAGGGGGAGAGGCAUCGUCCCGCAGCCGACGGUCCCGCCAACCUCGGGUACCUCGCAGACGCUGUCGCUGGCCGGCUGGAACGUGCGGUACGACUUCAAGUCGGCCAUAUUUGCCGAGUACCGCCUGGAGAUGGACGUAGCCUUGCGCUCUUACGAGCAAGCGUACGAGAACCUGCUGAGCUCCGAGCUGAUGGAGCUCAUCCCGAGCUGGAGUCCGCGGUGGAACGAGGCCAGGUUCCUCGCCGACGUGAUCGCCGUCCGCUGUCUGAGGUGUCUGUUAUGGAACGGGCAACACAGCGCGGCCGCUCGGAGGUGGCUGGCUCACCGCGAGAGGAUCGCCGACUUCGUCGACCGCAGGGGCAGGGGCACCAAUAACUACGGCUGGGAGGCAUGGGAGGCGCGAUGGGCCGUCGUCAUGGCCGAUCUCAUCGCGAAGACCGACAUACCAGAACUCGCCCCCGCCACGCUCCGGCUCUACCUCCCGCCAGAGAAGAGCGUGAUGGGAGAGAGGCUCCAGCCCUGGGAGCUUCUUCACCAUCCGGGGUACUGGUACCGUCUGGCCGCGAGACACACCCAGGCCCGGAGGGCCUAUGCCCAUGCGAUCCCGGACGACGACAGGAGAUCGCCGAGCGACUCGCCGGCCUCGCACGUCGCCAAAUCCGCCUUCACCUACGACACGUAUAUGUGUCCCGAGCCGCAUGAGGAAUACCCAUUGGGCCGUGCGGGCGUCAACCAUGGCCAGAUCAUAGUCGACUACUUGAUGCGCGCAUGUACCGAGUUUCUCGACAGACGCCAGACGCGCUUCGCCGCCGAAGUCUCGUUGGAAUGCGCCAGGGAGCUUGCUCUUGCCAAGGACUGGCAGAACACGGUGAGACUCUUGGGCCCCAUAUGGAAGGAAUCGCCAUUCAGAACGGAGGGGUGGAUCGCCAUCGCCGAGGAGCUCGGUUGGGCCCUCCGGACCGCAGCGGCCGAGGUCGGCGACGCCGAGUCGGUGCUCCUCGCCGACUGGGAGCUGCUUUCGCGAGACUUCGCGAGACGUCCGGAUUGGCAUUACGAUAUCUCACGCUCGCUGGAAGGCAUCAGGCUCUCAUCGAAGCCCAGUGUUUCGAUAAGGGACGGCCAACUGCUGUCCUUCAUCUCCGCUUCCUUCCUCUUUAAGGACGAGGAGGGCAAAGCCGGACAGAGCGUCCAUAGUCAAUUGUCCAUCAGGUCUAAUGCACAACAGGACUCGGCACCUGUCAUACUCAACAGCGUGUACUUGAGCUUCACCGGAAGUCUCGACGGUGUCAUUUUGCACCAUCAGAGUGGCGGGCAAGCGGCACAACGCAAGUGCAGCACGACUCUAUUCACAGUGCCCCUGACCAAGCAGGCCGACAGUGUCACGGAAACAGAAUCGGAAACAGAAUCGGAAUCGGGAGCGGAGACUCCCGAUGAGGUCGACAACGGCGUCACUCUCGUUGGGUUCGCCGACCUGACACUGUCUCCGGGCCAGACACUUGUAUUUAACCUGGAGAUACCACUUCGAGAGCCCGGCGAGACGCGUGUGGACUCGCUCACCGUCAACGUCGGAACCGAUACUUUUGAACUCCGGCAGUCGCUGACAUUCGACGAGAGGAGGAACACCAACCUCUGGUAUAUAUCUCCCUCUGCGACCAAGCACGUCGUACAUCCUCAACCCCUCGCCGUUCGGGUCUUGCCCCGGCCUCCGAAAAUGGAGAUCAGGUGCCCAUCAUGGAAGGAGCAGUACUACACAGACGAGCCGAUCAGUCUCGAUAUCGAAAUCGAGAACGGCGAAGACAUUGAGGCGCUCGCCAAAUUGGACGUCGUGCUCCUUGGCGACAAGCCACCGCUGUUCACGGUGAUUGUCCCUAAUCAUGGGGGACGGAGCUCGUCCAGCGUCCGCAGUGAAGAAGCUAGGCUCUCAGGGGCACCGGUGGGCACCAUCGCGAGCUCGGGCUCACUCACUGUCUGUCUGCGCAUGCCCCAGAUUGAGCGGUCCAGCCGAUACGACAUGACGGUCAAGGUCACCUACUUCCUGGCCACCAACCCCGGCACCCCCAUCUCCCAAACUGCCGGCUUCCAACUCAACAUCGUCAGCCCCUUCGAAGCAAACUACGACCUCAUUCCUCGGGUCCAUCCCGACCCCUGGCCGAGUUUCUUCGAUCCCGAGGGAGUACCGAUCCCUUCCGACGGGGACGGCGGCGAUGAUGUUGCCCAUCCGCCAAGAGGCAUCUCCCAAGCCUGGUCCCUGAUCAUUCGGUACGCCUCGUUCGCCGCCGAGCCCCUUCGCGUGACAGACAUAGACAUCGCCAUCCAGCCCUCGCCCACGUCCCGCUGCUCCGCCGUCGCCAAACACACCAACCUGCCUCCCUCCGGCGCCGGCCGCCUCAUCCGGCCCAAGACGAUGGAGGAGGCGGUCUUUGACCUCUCCGCCCAGAAACUCACCGUCGACGACCGCGCCCACGCCCCUCUCGACAUGUCCCUCAUCAUCAGAUGGACCCGCCCGGACGCGGACGCAGACGCAGACGCAGACACCGACCCGCGGACCGACGGCAACACGACCACCCUCCCCAUCCCGCGCUUCACCAUCUUCGGCACCGAACCCCGCGUGCUCGCGACCGUCGCCCACCAUCACCAUCACCGCCGCCGCGGCGCCGCCCCGAUCCCCCUCACCACGCUGACCGUCACCAUCGAGAACGCGUCGGGCCACUUCCUGACCUUUGGCCUCUCCAUGGAGCCGAGCGAGCAGUUCGCCUUCUCGGGCCCCAAGCAGACCACGCUGAACCUGCUGCCCGUCUCGCGGAGGGCGGUCGAGUACCGCCUGCUGCCGUUUGGCGGUGGCGGUGGCGGCGGCGGCGGCGGCGACGCGGGUGGCGAGGGAGAAGAAGACCGGGACGGGGCGGCGGUGGUGGAGGGGAUCUGGGUCCGGCCGGGGCUGGUGGUGCGGGACAAGUACUUCCAGAAGGUGUUGCGCGUGGUUCCCGGCGGGGACGGAGUGAGGAUAGGCAAGGACGGGUUCGAGGUCUGGCUGCCGACGUUCGGGAGACGUGGGAGGAAGAAGCGGGAGGAAUAA